AUGUAUUAUAAGGAAGAAGAAGAACCUAAUUUGAGCAGUUACACAUGGGUACUGGAUGAAAAUGCGCCAAACACAUAUGCAAGUAUUUAUCAAGACAUGGUUCCAAUUAAUACUGAAAAAAAGUUUAUCGAUUUAGAAACUUUCAAAGCAUAUGACCGUCCACUACAACCAUACAUAAUAGAUUCAAUGAUACCUAAUGGAUCCUCAGCAGACAUAGCAAAAAAAGAAUCUCCAGUGGUUUCGAUCAAACAAGAAGAGUCUACAAACUCAAUUAAACAAGAAGAGGAUGGAACACAUGGUGGCAUUCAACAUUUAUCAAAAGAACGUGGAACACCAAUUCAUCAAUCAAGAUAUAAUGGUAAUGUUAAUGGUAAUGGUGGAGGACAGGAACCAUUUGGGUCUCAGCUUGAUUCUAGAUCGCAACAAAUGUCACAAUCUCCAAGACAGCAGACAUCGCAGCAAUCCUCCCAGGUAUCGCCACAACAUAAUGAUCGUCCGCGACCUACAUCAAGACGUAAUACGAAAUUUACGAGGCAUGAUAGUUGGCGUGAUCUGGAAAGAGGCGUCGAUGGAGGGGGGAAUUUGGAUAGACCAGUUGAAGAAGGAGAAUUGACUAAUGUUGAUUUUGUCUCACUCGCUACAGGAUUAAAUUUUGUGCCACAUAAAAAGCCAAGAAUUGAGUAG